UAAACCUAAGCAAAAAUGGGAAAGGAGAAGACGCACAUCAACAUCGUUGUCAUCGGAAACGUAGAUUUGGGGAAGUCCACCCCUACUGGCCAUCUGAUCUACAAAUGUGGUGGGAUCGACGAGAGAACCAUUGAAAAGUUCGAGAAGGAGGCUGCCGAGAUGGGGAAGGGCUCCUUCAAGUAUGCCUGGGUCUUGGACAAACUGAAAGCUGAACGCGAGCGUGGUAUCACCAUUGAUAUCUCCUUAUGGAAGUUUGAGAGCAGCAAGUACUAUGUGACCAUCAUUGAUGCCCCAGGACACAGAGACUUCAUCAAAAACAUGAUUACAGGCACAUCCCAGGCUGACUGUGCUGUCCUGAUUGUUGCUGCUGGUGUUGGUGAAUUUGAAGCAGGUAUUUCCAAGAAUGGGCAGACCCGUGAGCAGGCCCUUCUGGCCUACACUCUGGGUGUGAAACAGCUAAUUGUUGGAGUUAACAAAAUGGAUUCCACCGAGCCACCCUACAGCCAGAAGAGAUACGAGGAAAUUGUAAAGGAAGUCGGCACCUACAUUAAGAAAGUUGGCUACAACCCCGACACAGUAGCAUUUGUGCCAAUUUCUGGCUGGAACCGUGAAAACAUGCUGGAGCCAAGUGCUAACGUGCCGUGGUUCAAGGGAUGGAGAGUCACCCGUAAGGAUGGCAAUGCCAGUGGAACCACACUGCUUGAAGCUCUGGAUUGCAUCCUGCCACCAACUCGCCCAACUGACAGACCCUUGCGUUUGCCCCUCCAGGAUGUCUACAAAAUUGGUGGUAUUGGCACUGUCCCUGUGGGUCGAGUGGAGACUGGUGUUCUCAAACCUGGCAUGGUGGUCACCUUUGCUCCAGUCAACGUGACAACUGAAGUGAAGUCUGUUGAAAUGCACCAUGAAGCUUUGAGUGAGGCCCUUCCUGGGGACAGUGUGGGCUUCAAUGUCAAGAACGUGUCUGUCAAAGAUGUUCGUCGUGGCAAUGUGGCUGGUGACAGCAAAAAUGACCCACCGAUGGAAGCAGCUGGCUUCACAGCUCAGGUGAUUAUCUUGAACCAUCCAGGCCAAGUCAGUGCUGGCUAUGCACCUGUGCUGGAUUGUCACACAGCUCACAUUGCCUGCACGUUUGCUGAGCUGAAGGAGAAGAUUGAUCGUCGUUCUGGGAAAAAGCUGGAAGAUGGCCCCAAAUUCUUGAAAUCUGGUGAUGCUGCCAUCGUUAAUAUGGUUCCUGGCAAACCCACGUGUGUUGAGAGCUUCUCUGACUAUCCUCCUCUGGGCCACUUUGCUGUUCGUGACAUGAGACAGACGGUUGCUGUGGGUGUCAUCAAAGCAGUGGACAAGAAAGCAGCUGGAGCUGGCAAGGUCACCAAGUCUGCCCAGAAAGCUCAGAAGGCUAAAUGAAUAUUAUCCCCAAUACCUGCCACCCCAGUCUUAAUCAGUGAUGGAAGAACAGUCUCAGAACUGUUUGUCUCAAUUGGCCAUUUAAGUUUAAUAGCAAAAGACUGGUUAAUGAUAACAAUGCAUCGUAAAACCUUCAGAAGGAAAGGAGAAUGUGUUGUGGACCAUUUGUUUUGUGUGUGGCAGUUUUAAA